AUGGCUGGGGUCCCCGAGUCUGAGUGGUGCACAUGUGAGCCCAAGGUCGAGUUCGAGGGCACCAUGUACCCGCCCGCCGCCAAGAUGUCGAUUCCUGGGGCGAGCUGGAUUGGGAACAUGCUGGGUUCCGGGGCCAUCGUCCUCGGCGUCUGGGCCGUUGCUUAUCUGAUUAGAUGCCUCCGGUCGCCUCUCCGCAAGGUGCCGGGCCCGUGGUACUCGCUCUUCACGGGAGCGGUCCUCAAGUACAACGAGCUGCAGGGGCGACGGACUCGGUACAUCCACAGCCUGCACCUCAAGUACGGCCCGACGGUGCGCCUGUCGCCGGGCGAGGCCUCGUUCACGGGGAUCGACGCCAUCAGGGAGAUUUACGGCUCCGGGGGCAGCGGGUACGAGAAGACUGAAUUCUACAACCUCUUCACCGUCUACGGCAGGAGGACCAUGUUCUCGACGCUCGACAGGGAAAGCCAUGCCAGGAGGAAGAGGGUGCUGGCGGACCGAUAUGCAAACACCAAUGUGAUGAAGCAGCCCGCCCUGAGCGGCAUUGCGGAGAGGGCGAGGAGGUUCGUCGAGUUGUGUCAGGGUUCCGUCGGUGGAAGUCUUGAUAUCUACACCACUCUGCAUUCUUAUGCCUUUGACUGUGUCACGCAUCAUCUUUUCCACCCGCUGUGUACCAAUUCUCUGCAGAACAAGCAUGACGGUGAUGUCAUGAGGGAGGUGACAUUCGACAGCAGCUUUAAGAACCGCCUUGUAAAAUAUUACAACCCUUCACUGUAUCAAAUCAUCGAGCCGCUGUUGUCCUUAAUCACCAAACCCCGAGCAACCCCGCUGGCCAACAAGUUCGUCCUUGACACCAGCGCCCAGACGGAUGCGUCGCCCUUUACUCUCCUGGACCGCCUACAUCAAAGGAAGAACGGCGGCGACCUCGAGCAGAUCGACAUAGCGGCCGAGUGCCUCGAUCACAUGGUCGCUGGAAUCGACACAACUGGCGACGCGCUUUGCUUCCUCAUGUACCAGCUUUCCUUGCCAUCCUCGGCCCCUUUCCAGCGGAAGCUGCAGGCCGAGCUGGCGGCGAACCCGGAUCCCGACGAGACGCCCUUCGAUAAGCUUCCGUACCUGGACGCAGUCGUCCAGGAGGGUCUGAGAUGCUUCCCGGCCAUACCAAUGUCGCUGCCGAGGUAUGUCCCAAGCGGUGGGAGGCACGUCGAUGGGUACUUUAUGCCACAGGGGACUAUUGUUAGCUGUCAGGCAUAUUCUGUCCAUCGAAUCAACGGAGAUGUCUUUCCUCAUCCCGAAACCUUCAAUCCAGACCGGUGGCUAGAUGUGGAGGGUGACGCAACACGAAGAAGAUACAUGUUCGCAUUUUCCCAUGGUGGCAGGGGAUGCGUUGGUAGACAUUUGGCAUUUGUUGAAAUGAAGUUGCUACUUCGGGAUAUCUACUCGCGGUACUCGACGAUACCCGACUCCAAGAUGACGGACGAGGCCAUGGCCAUGUCGGAUCAGAUCAUCUCGUCAAGGCCUGCAGGACAGGAGUGUCUGAUGAGGUUCAUUCCGCUGGCGGACAAUGCCAAAUGAGGCGUUUGAGGUCUAGACUGGACUUUGUGGUAUGGGCUGUCAAAAGCAUAAAUAGGUUUGCAAAGAUGACGGCUGCAACUUGAAACCAAAAUCACUUUCUUCUGGAGAGAAGAGAGUAAAAUUGGCAUCGAGUCCAUGGCCCUGGUGAUCAUACGGCCGCCACAGUACGUAAUGCAUGUAGCGCAUAUUUUAUGGUAUUUAUAUCGA